CUGUCAUUAGUGUCAUUUUGGUGGAAUAGAUUUUAGGUGGGGAGAAAUGAGCUUUUUUAUUUGUAAUUAAAUUUUUAUGCACAAAAUUAACUAUGAUGAGUGUUAGUGAGCUUCGAUAUGGCUAUACUGGCUUACAAAUAAUUUAAAAAUAAUAGCAACGUGUUUUCUAAUGAGUAAUAGUUGUUCAUUGGUGCGUUUAAUUGGAAACUAGGAAUCUUCUAAAAUUGGUGCACGAUGUAGAGCCUGGAUGUUUUUCAUGAAAGGGUGUCUGCAUUUUCACUGUAUUUUACCAAGGACAUGUACAUAAUAAAUCGUCGCCACUCAAGCCAUUCGUCGAUUUCUGCGGGCUACGAAUCAUGCUCUUCUAUUGGCGAUGAAUACUUGACCGCACUAUGGAGCACCGUGAUGGAUGGGGUCCCGGAGAGUUGGGUGCGCCCGAGAAUGCUACCGAAAAUGCUCAGGCUGCGGACCGUGAUCGAGUGCGCAUCGAAUUCUAUGCCACUUACGACGUCAUGACGGGCGUUCGUAUAGCCGCCACGCUCGGCGGCUUCUUCGCCUUAAUGGUAUUUCUGAUCGUCUACAAGAGCCGGAGUAAAUCCGUCAAGGCCCUGAACGAUCCCAAGUUAGUAGAACUGGCCGAGGCCGUCGUUGCUGAAGAGCAGGCCGUCGAAGAAGAACGGCAGUUGACGGCGGCUUUAGAAGAGGCCCUGUCGGAGCGCAUGCGAUCGCGGCCGUCCAUCACCGAGGAGCCGCCCUGGCCGCGGACCGCCCGAUUCGCGUCCUACGGCGGAGGCUACGGUAGCCUGUUAGCACCGCCGCGCCGCCUGUCGACUCUCCGCGGUGAUUCGUUACCAGGCUCCGCGCUACGGUUUGCAGAGAGGCGGGCUUCCAGCGGAACGAGGGACCGUCGUCUCAGUUCCGCCACGUGCUCGAGUUCCGGAAGUUCCUAUCUAGAGCGCCGUGGCUCUUCAGUGGUCUGUGCGUUACCCGAGCGCCGAUUGUCGCCAUGUCCCAGUGAGAGACUCGCCCCUCUGGCGUCUGUGGGCAGUGUUGGUCCGUCGUACGCAGUAGAAUGUGAGCUAGCGUCAGUGGGCGCGGACUCAGUGUUCGCCGAAGACGAGGUGGACUCCACCGAUGACGAGGUGGAGCAGUUCUCGACCGACAGCGGUGGCGGCGACGUGACGACGGUCGGCGACUGCACGGAGCUGACGAGCCGGCCGACGCCCACGCCGCUGCCGCUCCGGUUAGAUCGUGCUUCUCAUUCGCGAGAAACGUUGUUCUAGUCGCCGACGGAUCCCGUCGGCUGUUAAUGUUACUCACACAUUAAAAUAUCGACUUUUUAUACAUUCACUUAUCGUCAGCAUCCAACAUAUCACAUGAACUUUACAAAUUGACAUAUCAUUUAAUUCAAUAUCUCAAUUUUAACCGACUUCCACUACAUACAUAUUUAAUGUCCACAUCUGCAUUUAUUCUAUGCUCAUUUUGCGAAUACCUAAUAUAAAUAAGUUUAAAAACUAAUGAUUAAUAAUUUAUCAAUAUUUUUAAAUAUUAUUUAAUACCUACUUCAUAUUAAAUAGUCGAUAUUUUAAUAUGUAUUAUUUAUAUGAAUAGUGUGUAAAUAGUUUGUUUUUGUUAUUAAUUGAUGUUUCGCAAUGUUGAUGUUUUCAGACCAUGGUAAAGUUAUGAAUUGAAUGUAACAUCUUAUUCCUCGUAGCUUCUUCAAAUAUUAAUUUCGCUGACAGAAACAUGUACCAAAGCAUUUAUUCGAGUCACUAAAAUCAACUGGCAUCAUUCACCGGUUAGUGUUCUUUGUAAAAGAUUUAGAUAAACUUAAGAUCUGCCGAAUUAGUCUUUUAUAGGCACAUUUAACGCUAUAGUAUUGUACUUAAAUUACUGAUAAUAUGCAAGUUGAUAGUUUUCGACGAAUUUUUAUCUUCUGAUAUCAGUCAUUCUGCUUUUCAGGGUUCCGUACCUCAGAAGGAAUCCUUAAAGUAUCACUUCCAUGUUCGUCUGUCAACAUCUCAGGAACGCGUAGUGGUAUCGAUAUGAAAUUUUAAUACUUAGAUGUACAGUCCCUUGAAGCUGUAAAAACCAAGCUUCUCUAACUCCACCAUCGAAAAAUAAGGCCGUCUAUGCAGUAUAUUUUAGAAACUUCCUAUAUCAAAACCUAGCUGUACUUUCUGCUAUCCUGGAAUCACUGAAAUAAGCACAAGUAUAGGAAAAUCCCAAACUUUUAAUUUAAUUUUGUAGUUGUAGUAUAAUUUUUGUGCCAUUACAAACUUGCAUUUACAGUUAAUAAUAUGGGAUACAGUUAAAGGUACUUAUCUUUCAACUGCAAAAUAAGUUUUUUUAGAUCUGACAGUUGUUAGUAAUAUUCGAUGUUAAAAUAUGGUCUUAAAAAGUUAAGGCAAUGGGAAAGUGAUGUAGAAGAUGAAAAUUGGGAGAACAGAGAUGUAAUUGUAGGGAUUAAAAGUGAGGGUACGGAACCCUCAUUGCGCGAGACUUCGACUCGCUUUUGACCGGUUUUUUAGAAAUCUGUACCUACCGGACUAACAGGCAACCCCACUGAAAGUGCGGCUGACAGACUCUUGCCAACUAACUCAACAUGGUGUUUGUAAAAUGUAGAUAGAACUACUAACUUGUUAGGGUAGAUAGUCGUCAGUGCAAAGUCAAUUUGAUGAUGUAUAAAUGUAUUAGUGUUUUUAACUACCCUUAACUUAAGAAGGGCAUUAAGACCAAUACGUCCUUUGAACAAUAAAUGAUAAAAGUUGGAUGCGGCCUAAAGACUUAAGUGUUGCUCGUACCAAUAUCAUUUUCUAAGGAAACUGCCACUGUUCUUGUUUUAUGGACACCAGAAUUUUAUUGAUUCUCGUGACCGACUCCGCCACAGCCAUACGCGGGCCCAGUAGAUUGACUCACGCAGUCGAUUUUAUUACGAUUUAGAUUUACGUGUUAGUUUAUGUAAUGUUCGUUGCUCGAAUUAAAAAGAGCUCAUGUAGUCUGUAAAAUGUUGAAAUGUAUGUAAAAAAAAUGUAAAUACAAAAUGAAAAUCA